GUCAGGCUAAGAAAUGUUGACCUGUUUUAUGUGUCAAGAACUGUAUCCAAGCAGCCAGAAUUUGAUCUCACAUUUGAGAAUUGACCAUAGUUAUUGUCCUGGACCAAAGUUCAAAUUGUUUUGUUCUCAGAGUGGCUGCAGGCAUCAGUUUCUGACAUACACAGGUUUUCAAAAGCAUCUUAAUAAUGUUCAUAGCAAUGUUCAGCAAAUUUCACAAAGUUCAGCUAUUCCAAGUUCUUCAUCUUGUUGUAAUCCAGUUGUGACAUGUCAAACAGAUGUUUUGGAUGACCAGUUAACCCCCUUAAAUCAGUGCUGUUCUUCUGAUUCUUCUCAUGAGAGCACCUCCUCAGAGAUUAAUAAAGAUCAAACUAAAGAGAUGUGUGCAUCUAUAGUAGCUAAAUUACAAGGCAGUGGAAUCUCUGGCAGUCUAGUGUCAUCUAUUGUGGGAGAUUUAGAAGAAUUAACAAACGAGAUUCACUUAAAAGCAAAGGAAACGGCUAUAUCUGCAUUACCCAAAACUGAUCCCAAUAUUUCUGUGAUAAAUGAUUCAUUUGAACAAUUUGAAAACCCAUUCACAAACCUAAAUACAGAAUGGAAGCGAAACAAAUAUUUCAACCUUAAAUGGGGUGUUGUUGAGCCUGUUGAGAUAACACUGGGAGUAAGAUAUGAUAGCAGGCGAAAUCAAAAAUCUGGUACAUAUGAUCAGGUACCUGUGAAGGAUACGUUCAUAUAUGUGCCAAUAUUGGAAACAUUGCAGUUCAUGUGCAGAAAUCAAAACAUUUGUGCUAUACUUAAGAAAGAAAAUGGAUCAGAGAUAGACACUUACACAGACUUUUCUGAUGGAAUCUAUUAUAAAACACAUCCUUUGUUUUCAACAAAAAAAGGUGCAUUACAAAUUCAAAUAUUUUAUGACGAUUUUGAACCAGCCAAUCCCCUGGGCUCAAAACAUGGAAUUCACAAAAUUGGCUGUCUCUACUUUGUUCUAAGAAACCUGCCUCUUAAAUUUAAUUCAGUUUUAAUGAAUAUUCAUUUGAUAUCGCUAUUUCAUGCACAAGAUCUUCACAAAUAUGGUUUUGAUUCUAUUCUGGAGCCAUUAAUGACAGAUCUAAAAAAUCUGGAAAGCCAAGGCCUUAGUCUUCCAUUUUCUGAUGAGCCAGUAUAUGGCACAAUAUCCCAAAUCACCGGAGAUAAUUUAGGGAUGCACACAAUUCUUGGUUUUAAUUAAUCUUUUAGUAGCACCUACUUUUGUAGACUUUGUUUAAUAGAAAAAAGUGACUGUCAAACUGUAUUCAGUGAGGAUGAUCCUAAGGUAGUACUUAGAGAAAAGACACAUUUUGAAAUGAUUUAUAAAUCUCUUGAAGAAAACCCACAGUUAAAGUCUGUGUAUGGUUUGAAGAAAAACUCUUUACUGAAUUCACUGAGGUAUUAUCAUGUUUCUAACAAUUAUUCCUUUGAUAUAAUGCAUGAUCUUCUUGAGGGUGUUGCUCAGUAUGAGAUCAAAUUACUUUUUGAAUAUCUUACUCAAAACUUAUUAUCAGAACAAGAUUUACUUUCCAGGAUUUAUAGUUUUGAUUAUGGGUAUUUAGAAAGGAAAAACCGUCCCACAAAAAUUAUUUUGGAGAGUGCUGGAAAUAGUAUAGGCUUGAAUUCUAUUCAGACAUUGUGUCUUGUUAAAAACAUUCCACUUUUGUUUGGGGACAUUAUUCCUACAGGAGAUAAAAACUGGUACUUGUUACUGUUGUUACUAGAAAUAAUGAACAUUGUCUUUUCUCCUAUCCUCACGAUGGGUAUGACGAUAUAUUUGAAGCAUUUAAUUGUUGAGCACCAUAGACUCUUUAAGUUCUUAUAUCCACAUCGGAAUUUGAUACCUAAGCAUCAUUUUAUGAUCCAUUAUCCAUCUUCCAUUAGGAAAAUAGGUCCAUUAUUACAUAUGUGGUCUAUGAGGUUUGAGGCUAAACACAAAACAUUUAAAGAUUACUUUAAAAACUUUAAAAAUAUAACCAAAUCACUUGCGAAAAAGCAUCAGAUGGCCAUAGCUUAUCAUUGGGAAACAAUAAGUAUUAAAAAAAAGGAGCAUGGGCCUCUCAAACCAUUUUCACUUAAAGAUGAAGAUGUGGACAACAAAGAAAUGCUUCAAAUGAUUUCAUCGGGAGAUGUUUGUUCAACCAGCUGGGCUAGAGUUGAUGGUGUUGAAUACAGACCUGGACUUGCUGUUUGUAGCACAAUUCAAGAUGAGAUGCCAGUAUUUUGUCAGAUAAGUGAUGUACUUUUAGUUGACAAUACCUUUCUUUUGUUUUCUAAACGGCUAUUCACAGAAACAUUUGAUGAUCAUCAUCAUGCUUUCAGGGUUGUUCAAAGUGAAGAAAGGCAUUUAGUAAAAAUCACUGAACUUACAUUUCAUAGGCCUUUUGAUAUUCAACACUCUUAUGGCGUUUCUAAUGAAUGUUUGUUUAUUGUACCACAAUUUAAAAUGUUGGAUAAAUAAAGAGUUU